CCCCUCCCCUCUCCACCACCCCACCCCACGCGGGUUGCCGUGACGCCCCGCGAUGGCGUUGCCUGGCAACGGGAGGCUGGCGGUCGGCGUUGCCGCGGCGACGCUGCUGGUGGCCGGCCUGGUGGUGCUCGCAGAGACGCCCGCGCGCUUCCUACGCACGCCGGCCGACCAGGUGGGGGUGUCGGGCGGCGUGGCCUCCUUCGUGUGCCAGGCCACCGGCGACCCGCAGCCCAACAUCACCUGGGCCAAGAAGGGCAAACGGUUGACAUCGCAGCGCUUCGAGGUGAUCGAGUUCGACGGGGGAGCGGGCUCCGUGCUGCGGGUGCAGCCCCUGCGUACGGUGCGCGACGAGGGCUCCUACGAAUGCAUCGCCUACAACAACCUGGGGCAGAUCCCGGCCGCCGCCAAACUCACCGUGCUGCGCGAGGAGCAGGUGCCUGCUGGCUUCCCGCGCAUCGACAUGGCACCGCAGCUCAAGGUGGUGGAGCGCACGCGCACCGUCACCAUGCUGUGCGCCGCCAGCGGCAACCCGGAGCCCGCGGUCACGUGGUACAAGGACUACCUGCCCCUCGACGUGGCGGCCAGCGACGGGCGCAUCCGCCUGCUACCCGCCGGUGGACUGCAGAUCGAGAAGAGCCGUGACCUCGACCAGGGCAAGUACGAAUGCGUGGCCUCCAACAGCCUGGGCACCGUUUACUCAACACCGGCCAACCUGUACGUCAGAGUCCGUCACGUGCCGCCGAGGCUGACGACGCCGCCGGUGAGCCAGGAGGUGAUGCCCGGCGCCAGCGUGAACGUGACGUGCGUCGCCACCGGCUCGCCGCUGCCCUACGUCAAGUGGAUGUCGGGCGGCGAGGACCUGACGCCCGAGGAAGAGAUGCCCAUCGCUCGCAACGUCCUCGAGUUGAGCAACGUGCGUGAGAGCGCCAACUACACCUGCGUGGCUCUCUCGUCCCUCGGCGUCGUCGAGGCCACCGCGCAGAUCAGCGUCAAAGCCCUGCCGCGCCCGCCGGGCGCCCCCGUGGUGACGGAGACGACUCCGACGAGCGUGACGCUGACGUGGGACUCGGGCAACACGGAGCGCGUGAGUCACUACACGCUGCUCUACCGCCCGCGGCACGCCGGCCACGGCGGUGGUGGUGGCGGUGGCGGUGGUGGCGGCACCACCACGGGGACGCGGGCGAGGCCAGCGCCGGCCGCGCCGUCGGAACCCACAGCACCCUUCCAGGAGAUCGACACCGUCACGACGACGCGCUACACCGUCGGCGGCCUGGGCCCCUACUCGCAGUACGAGUUCCGCGUGGCGGCCGUGAACACGGUGGGCCGGGGCCCGCCCGGCGGCGUCACGGUGACGCGCACGGGCGAGCAGGCGCCGUCGAGCGCCCCGCGCAACGUGCAGGCGCACAUGAUCUCGUCCACGGCCAUGCUCGUCACGUGGGAAGAGCCCGAGGAGCCCAACGGGCACAUCCUGGGCUACCGCGUCUUCUACCACAACAACGACGGCGACGCCGGCGGCGGCGGCGCCGACGACGAGGACGACGGUGACGACGAGGGGCACGAGAGCGGCAAGAACGGCGCCUUCACGCAGCAGCAGGAGCUGCACCGGGAGCCGGUGCACACGUGGAAGCACUCGGACACGAGCGACGUCAUGCUGGCCACGAUCCGCGACCUGACGCCGCAGGUGGACUACGCGGUGCGCGUGCUCGCCUACACGUCGGUGGGCGACGGGCCGUUCUCGCCCGAGCUGCGCAUACGCACGCAGGAGGGAGUGCCCAACCAGCCCAUCAACCUGAAGGCGGAGGCCGAGUCGGCGAGCAGCGUGCUUCUCACGUGGACCCCGCCGCGGCAGGAGGGCAUCCUCAAGUACGAGCUCGCAUACCGGCCCGGCGACGGCACCGCGACCACCGCCAGCGAGCAGCAGGUGGUGACGUUCGACCCCACCAUGACGUACCUCCUGGAGGGCCUCAAGCCCAACACGCUCUACAGCUUCCGUCUGGCGGCGCGCUCCGGACACGGCCUGGGACCCGCCACGCUGGCCGUCACAGCCCGCACCAUGCCCUCCACAGCUUUCGUGAAAAAUUUCCGCGUCAAAUCGGUGACGCAGACCUCCGUGCUGCUCGUGUGGGAGGCGCCGGCGUCGUACAGCUCCAGCGAGCCGCUCAAGGUGGUGUCGAGCGACGGCCAGGCGAUCGAGGUGGACGGCUGGUCGGGCCGCAAGCGCGUGAGCGGCCUGCGUCCCGACACGGAGUACCGGCUGGGCCUGACGAGCCGCGGGGACAGCGCGGGGGCCCUGCAGCAGGAGGUGGCGGUGCGCACGGCGCCCCAACUCUUCAGGGGGGCUCGCCCCGUGCCGCUGGGACGCGUCUCCGCCGACGGCACCAUCAGCCUGGACCUGCCGCAGCCCGCUGACGGGGUGCAGCUGCGGUCCUACUGCUUGGUGGUGGUGCCGCUGGCGAGGCAGAAGGGCCGCUACCUGCGGCCGUCAGGAAGUCCCGAAGAGCUGGACCUGGACCAGCUGUUGGAGGAGUCGACCCCCGGCGGCCGGCGCCGGCGUCGUCGCCAUCGCCGUACGACUCCUCGGGGCGCCGCGGCGGACGCGGCCGGCGGUGGAGCCGCAGCGUACGUGACGGCGCGCUGGGACGGGGGGCCGCCGCCGCCGCCUCCUCCCUCCGCCGGCGCCGGCGCUGGCGGCGGCGGCUUCGUGGUGGGCGACGGUGCCCGCCUGGGCGGCCACGUGAACCGCCCGCUGCAGGAGGGACGCGCCUUCACCUUCUUCGCCAUGGCGGCCGUGGGCUCCCGCGACGCCCGCAUGUGGGCGGUGAGCGGCUACUCAGAGCCCGUGGUGUCCCCCGAGCCGGAGCCGCUGCCCAUCUCGGAGGAGGAGGAGGGGCUGCUGUGGGUGGUGGGGCCCGUGCUGGCCGUCAUCUUCAUCAUCUGCGUCGUCAUCGCCAUCCUCCUCUACAAGAGCAAGCCGGACAGGAAGCGCAGUGACUCGGACCCCACCAAGCCCAUCCUGCUGGGAGACGCGCGGCCGGCAGGCCGUGGAUCCUCCGGCGGGGGUGGCGCCGGCGCCGGGCCCGGCGGGACGGCGGCGCCGGCGGGCGGCGGCGGCGCCGGCGGCGGUGCCGGUGCCGCCGAGGUGUUCGGGAAGGAGAACGCGGCCGCCUCUCAGCAGCCGACGGACCCCGUGGAGCUGAGACGCAUCAACUUCCAGACGCCAGGCAUGAUGAGUCACCCGCCCAUCGCCGUGGAGGAGCUGGCGGGCCACGUGGAGCGGCUCAAGGCCAACGACAACAUGCUGUUCGCGCAGGAGUACGAGUCCAUCGACCCGGGGCAGCAGUUCACGUGGGAGCACUCGAACCUGGAGGUGAACAAGCCCAAGAACCGCUACGCCAACGUCAUCGCCUACGACCACUCGCGCGUGCUGCUGGCGCCCGUGGACGGAGAGCCCGGGAGCGACUACAUCAACGCCAACUACAUGGACGGCUACCGCAAGCACAACGCCUACAUCGCCACGCAGGGCCCGCUGCCCGAGACCUUCGCCGACUUCUGGAGGAUGGUGUGGGAGCAGCGCAGCGCCACCGUCGUCAUGAUGACCAAGCUGGAGGAGCGCUCGCGGGUGAAGUGUGACCGCUACUGGCCGGCGCGCGGCUCGGAGACGUACGGGACGCUGACCGUGGCGCUGCAGGACACCAUGGAGCUGGCGACGUACUGCGUCCGCACGUUCACGCUGCAGAGGGGAGGUGGCGGGGAGCGGCGGGAGGUGCGGCAGUUCCAGUUCACGGCGUGGCCGGACCACGGCGUCCCCGAGUACCCGACGCCCUUCCUGGCGUUCCUGCGGCGCGUCAAGGCCUGCAACCCGCCCGACGCGGGCCCCAUGGUGGUGCACUGCAGCGCCGGCGUGGGCCGCACGGGCUGCUUCGUGGCGCUGGACGCCGCGCUGGAGCGCCUGCGCUCGGAGCGCACGGCGGACGCGUACGGCCUGGUCACGUGCCUGCGCUCGCAGCGCAACUACACGGUGCAGACGGAGGAGCAGUACGCCUUCGUGCACGAGGCGCUGCUCGAGGCGGCCAGCGCCGGCGGCACCGAGGUGCCGGCGCGCUCCCUGCACGCGCACGUGCGCCGCCUCGCCUCGCCCGCCGCGCCGCACCGCCACGACAAGCAGCAGGCGCCGCCCCCGCCGGCGUCCGCCGUGUCGUCCGCGCAGCACAAGCAGCAGCAGCAGCAGCCCAGCGCUGGCGGCGGUGGCGGCGGUGGUGGUAGCGGCGCGUCCUCUGCCAAGCAGCAGCAGCAGCCGCAGACGGUGACUGCCGCGCCGUCGAGUCCGCAGGCGACGCACGGGAUCACGGGCAUGGUGCUCGAGUUCAAGCGCCUGGCCAACACACGCCUGAGCCCGGCGUGCUUCGUCAGCGCCAACCUGCCCUGCAACAAGUUCAAGAACCGCCUGGUGAACGUGCUGCCCUACGAGGUGACGCGCGUGCCCCUGCAGCCCAUCCGCGGCGUCGAGGGCUCCGACUACAUCAACGCCAGCUUCAUCGACGGAUACCGGCAGCAGGCGGCGUACAUCGCCACGCAGGGCCCCAUGGCGGAGACCACGGAGGACUUGUGGAGGAUGCUGUGGGAGCACAACUCCACCAUCGUGGUGAUGCUCACCAAGCUGCGCGAGAUGGGACGGGAGAAGUCUCACCAGUACUGGCCGGCGGAGCGCUCGGCGCGCUACCAGUACUUCGUGGUGGACCCCAUGGCCGAGUACAACAUGCCGCAGUACAUCCUGCGCGAGUUCAAGGUCACCGACGCCAGGGACGGGCAGUCCCGCACGGUGCGCCAGUUCCAGUUCACGGACUGGCCGGAGCAGGGCGUGCCCAAGACGGGCGAGGGCUUCAUCGACUUCAUCGGCCAGGUGCACAAGACCAAGGAGCAGUUCGGCCAGGACGGGCCCAUCACCGUGCACUGCAGCGCCGGCGUGGGCCGCACGGGCGUCUUCGUCGCGCUCAGCAUGGUGCUGGAGCGCAUGCGCUACGAGGGAGUCGUCGACGUGUUCCAGACGGUCAAGAUCCUGCGCACGCAGCGCGCCGGCAUGGUGCAGACCGAGGAGCAGUACCACUUCUGCUACCGCGCUGCGCUCGAGUACCUCGCGAGCUUCGACCACUACUCCACGUGAGCCGCCAUCGCCGCCGCCGCCGCCAUCACCGCCAUCACCGCCCCCCACCUCCAUCACCGUCCCACGUGCCCAUCGCUCGCCAACAUCACGGACGCACGACGACGAGGAUGUCGGAGGAGAUGGAGGAGAAGAGAGAUGUUGCAAGGAUCUUGGGGGGGGGGGGGUUGGUGGUGGUUCGGGGAAGGGCGGCAGUUGUGGAGGGGGGUGGUAGCGGAUCGUUUACCUCUGAGCAUCGCCGCGCCGGAUUCGUCCACGCAACGAAACUCCUCCUGACCGAGCCGACCGCCCGCCGCGGGACUUUGCACGAUCGGCGCGUUCCCACCGCGGCCGGCAAUGGACCCGCUCGACCGCUCGCCCAGCCAGCCAGCCAGCGGUUGCGACACUUUCACUCGUCUCGCGACACGCGAAUGAAACAUUGACCUCGGCAACGGCGGCGCGCGAUCGGCUCCCCGAGAGCCGCGAAGAAGGCGGGCGGACGUGGGUGGGUGGGUGCUGCCGUGGGUGUGGGUGCUGGCGGGCGUGGGUGGGUGUGGGUGGGUGGGUGCUGCCGUGGGUGUUGGCGGGCGUGGGUGGGUGGGUGAGUGCAAGAGCGGGUGACGAAUAAUCCAAAGAAGAGCGGUUUUGCGAUGGAGUUUGGCGUUGGGGAGUGACCGCCGCGGACUCGUUUAAUAUGGCAGGGGCGGUGAGUUUUGAUGGUGGGGGGGGUUUGAUGGGGGGGGGGUUUGGCGGGGGGGCCGUUCCCGAUAGCGUAGCGGGGUAGCGGAGCGAGCCCCUCCCCCCCCCCCGGGGUGAGCUGCUCGUCGUUGCCGGGAAAACGCGUUCGGUUUUUACAAAGCGUCGUCCGUCGUGGUGGUGGUGGUGUUGGUGUUGUGGUCAUCGCGGUCAACGUCGUCACCGUCGUACGCCGUAAUUCCCCCCCCCCCUCGCCACGUCCUCUCCCCCACCACCCCCCCUUCACACCCCCCCCCCCCCCCGUAGCGUCGCCAACAACGAGGUGGGAGCGGAGAACGGAACGGCACGGAGAGUCCCGCCGAGCGAUCCGAGCUAGCUUGUGUGCGCGUGUGAUUGCGCAAGCGCGAGUGCGCGUGCGUGAUUUGGCGAGUGUGUGGGUGAGCGCGCGUGCUCAGCUCGCGAGCGCUUGAGAGUGUGGAUCCGAGUGCCUCUGUGAGAAGAACAAGAAGAAGUAGCGACGUGUAAAUAGAUCGCGACGGCGCAGGAACCACGACUGAACGCGCACCGGCCGCUAGGCUCGCGGUGCGAAACGUCGGACAGGCACCACCCCCCCCCCCCCCGCCGCGUGCGUCACCGCUCGCUGUAAAUACUUUGUACAGAGGUUACGCGCAGAGCUCCCGGGGACUCACCGAAGCUCUGUUGACACAUAAACCGGCCGCUAUGUACGCGCCUCCCCUCCUCCCAUCCUAACCACCAACCCCCCCACCACCACCACCACUCACCUUGUGCACAGGACAUCCUUAAACCGGCGGGACUGACAAAGCCGCGUCGCUUGCUGCCAUCACUGGAGAGCCCCAGAUUUUUUGGAGAAACGAGGUCUCUCUUGUGGUCGAACAAAAAUCUUAACAACCUCCUCCUCCUCUUAACGUUGGGAGGCAACUCGCCCUCCCAGCUGAGACAUCCCGGCCCAACGGGCGUCCCACCGCGGCUUUCAGGCCGACGUCAAAGCACCGAAGCUCUCAAGCACAAGACUUCCUAAGGCAGCGUUCCCCGCACACGGCGAGGCCUUGCGGAGAAAAAGUGGCACAAAGAAGAAACCCCCCCACCCCACCACCCCGGCGCAAGAAACCGACGGCGGACAGCACAAACGAACGGAGGCGCGUUUUGGAGAGGCAGACCAAAAAACAAAUGAAGCUAAGCUGCUGCUGCUGCUGCUGCUUUGGUUUCUGAAAGAGAUGAUAAAGACCAGAAAUUAGACGGUCCCCCUUCCCCCCUCCCCGGGCAGUUCGUGCCGAAAUCCUGGUUGGUAUCAGCCGAAAUCCUGGUUGGUAUCAAGAGCUGAGCGGGUUUCCCGGACAGCGGCGAGCGUUGGCGGCAGGGCGUGGGGUAUGAGGGAGGCAAAUCUACGCGGGGGAAUCAAUUGGACGUCACCGUCGGGCACUGCCCUGUCCGGAGCGGUUAACCACCCCCCAGUGCCGGACGAAGCUAGUGCGGGGCCUGUAGCAUUAUGUUAUAAAGGGGCCCUAAAUAAAUAAAUGAAACACGUAAAUAUUAAAACACAAGUUUUUUUACUCGCAUAGUUAAGUAAAUGUAUUUUUUCAUUUGCUCUACAGCCCAGAUAGUACGACAAGUCGCUAACCUUAAACGCCCCGGUCGUUCGUCAAAGUCGAAGGCGGUAUAGUACUAUAGUGAUAGAGCAAGUACAGAAUCACCAGACCGGAAUUGAUAGCUUGAAAGCUUUUAGCGCGGGGCGCCCUUGAAAGUGCGUGGCCUGUAGCAUACGUAGCUACUACACGCGUAGCUACUACACGUGUAGCUGCUACACGAGUAGUAGCUACUACACGCGUAGCUACUACACGCGGAGCUAUUACACGCGUAGCUACUACACGCGUAGCUACUACACCUGUAGCUACUACAGACAUAGCUACUACACGCGUAGCUACUACACGCGUAGCUACUACAGACGUAGCUACUACACGCGUAUCUACUACACGAGUAGCUACUACACGUGUAGCUUCUACACGCGUAGCUACUACACGCGUAGCUACUACACGCAUAGCUACUACACGCGUAGCUACUUGUGCUCCUGCGAUAAUCCGGCACUGCGCGGAUACCACCGCCCGCCACGGCGCCGCCAGGCCCGCCGUUUGAUUGGCGAACGUUCGCUGGGGGUUCUUUUCUGGCUCCUUUUGGGUUGUUGUUGUUGCAGAGUCGCUAUUGGGUCGGGAUUGAUGUACGCGUGCGCGUGUGUGUCUGUACGUUGAACUUCUUUCGCGCCGUACGUAGCCGGCCGCGCCAAUCGGAGGUGCGGUGGCAAGGAUGACAAACUCAGCGUGCAAAAAGCAGUUUUAAAAGAAACGCGUUUUCAAUCGAGAUGAUUUUAAAGCUCAAAGCUCCAGUGGCUCACGUAUGUCGGUGCGUUGAACUUCUUUCGCGCCGUACGUAGCCGGCCGCGCCAAUCGGAGGUGCGGUGGCAAGGAUGACAAACUAAACGCGCAGAAAGCAGCUCUAAAGAAAUGAGUUUUCCAAUCGAGAUGAUGAUGAUGACGAUUUGACAGUGGCACAGCUCCCAGCGGCUUCCGAAUAUAUCGUAAGGGGAAGGGAACGUUCCAGACGGCCGCGGAAAGCGCGUCUGGAAGCGCCGCCGUCUUCUGCGUUCGAAGGCCGCGACCCCCCCACUCCACACCCCCCGCCCCCACCCCACUC